ACAGUUACCCACGCUCAUCGACACUCCUCCCGGGUGGUUAAACUACCCAGACCUCCUGGGAUAAUGCCAUGAUGAUCCGGGAUUUGCCGUGUAGAUCCUUGAUGAUCAGUGUUUAUAUGUGACUGGGACUUUACAAAAGCAGGUACGAAGGGUUGCUUUUCCCAAUGGGCAAUGUAGGCGCGUACAGCGAAAAGGGUAUCACAAUUACCAUAUCAGGAAAAAUUGCAUCUUCAUCAACUUAUUGCGCAUGAAAACGGAUUGUAUUUCACCUUAUCAUCAAAUUAGUAUACUUUGAACAGCAACCGGAUGUGGGCCCUUGUGUGCCCUUAUGUGAUUGAGUCCACGACGGCAUGUGUUCUAUCUACAUACAGCAACACCCAUCCAUCUUCUCAGGGCAUUCUCCCUUUUUUUUCUCUCUCUCUCUUUUUCUGGGGGGGGGGGGUGGGGUGGGGAAGGGUGGAUAUUUUUAGGACGGGUUGUUUUGUCCUUUAUCUAACUGUAUAUUUUUGAUAACUUUGUAUUUAUUUUGUGAGUAUUUCCCUCUCAGUUAUUUUUUUUUAUCAUUUGGUUAUUUGUAUUUAUACUUUGCUAUUUUGUUAUUUGUUGUGUUAUCUAUUUUUUGAGGGGCCCACAUUGUACAAGCAUUGCUUUUUAGUGGGUCCCUCCAUUUCCAUCUUAAUUUAAUUUAUAUUGAAAAAUAGUAUACUUAUUAAUAAACCCUACAAUGUGUUGCCCAAAUUGUCUAAGUGUUUUUUUUUUUCACAACAUAUGUAUCAUUAUUUUCUUUUUUCUGCAACGUAUACAAAUAUUUAUGUUUAUAUGGUAUACAAUUCAUGUAUGUACAAUUGAUGGAAGUGAAUAAAUAAAUUUGAAUUUGAAUUUGAAUUUGAACCGCACAUCAUCAAUACCUCCCUGGUGACCCAAUCCAUGCAAUCACAAACCACUUCUUUAAGCUUUGGCUACGUUACUGAAUAAACUUAAAAACUUAAUCGCACUUUGUGCAGUCCAACUCAUUCUUUCAUUACAAAUCCCAUCCGUCAAAACAAAAGUUAGAAGUGAUCUCGCAGCUGUAUAUGUAUCCGUCAAACUCUGGAAUUGCUUAGCUCUUGAUUCUAGAUAUCAGGGGGGGGGUGUAUAACAAUUAAAAGCUCUAUCCAUCUAUUUGAUAACCCACAAACGCUUCAAGAGCGUUCAUAAUGCGAUGUCGAAUAUAUACGUAUAAUAGCAGGUAGUGCAUGUGAUCAAUACGCAUAAUAUCAAUAUUUCUUGUUCUUUAGCACCGGGGACAGACAGGGUAGACUUGAAUGCAGAGCAUUUGUAUUUCAUCUACAAAUAUGAAGUUACUGACCUGGAAAGAUGGUGACAAUACGAUCAUGACAAUGAUAGGAGUUUGAAUUGCUGAAUGCCUGACAGUAGAAAGAGAUGUGAAUAUGAUUUCUAACAAUAAAAUAGAUGAUAAACGUGAAAAGAUAUUUUUCGUUCAGUAGCUUCCAGACCAUGACACAGCGUUGGACUAGGGAGGAGCUGGACCCCCUCUUUGAACUGAUCAGCUUCUAGUUUAUCGUGAAAGUUAUUGCGCCCCUGCUUCAGUUAAAUGGAUAAAUCUAUCUUCAUGGCUUGUCAUAACUCUAUUUUUUUUUAUCUGUACAGAAUAUCACAAUUUAUGUGAUUAUUGUGACAAUGUAGUAAUAGCCACUAAUCUUUUUCUUUGUCCUUUUUAAAUUCAAUUUUAUUGUCCGUUUUCCUAAAUUAAGUCAGUUCUUGCCAUUUUUCCCCCUUGCAAUGCAAAAUAGGCCGGGUUUCCAGGCGGUGACACGCGAUAUUUCCCUGCGACAUUUGCUCCGAUCUUAACUCGAAAUCGGCCAUGUCAGUUUUAUUGAAUGUCAUGUAAUAAGUCUAUCAUUGACACGCUAGGAAAGGUUAAGAUUGUAACAUGUUGGUUUAGAAUAAUGUAAAGAUUAAGGAUUAUGGUUUAUUUAGUUGUGGGGAUUAGAUUUUCUGAUUGGCUUAACGUGAUGAUUUUCCAUCGGAGCAAUUGGCGUUGGAGCACGUGACAUGGAACUUCCCAGGUCUCUUGGAAUGCCCCUAUAUUUGUGAAUAACGCUUGAUCCGCCACUCUCCCACCUCCAUAACUUACCUGCGUUUACUGGUUUUCAAACAACCUGGAGUGGUACGCCCCAAUCUUGUGAUCUAGUAUCUAUCUUCUAUUCAAGGCUUGGUUGGCAAUCAUGGCCCAGGAUAAGAAUUCUUUAACUGUGAUUCUGGUCUGUUGUUUGGUUGUUGUGAGCAUUGUCGCUUUGGUUCUCGGGAUCAUCAGCCUAAACUCUCAAAGCGGAGGAGGAGGAGGAGGGAGGAGGACCAACACGACCGAUGCCCAACAGCCGAUAAACAUCUACACUCAGCCGUCAAAUACAGGUAUCAAUGACGAUAGAGUCUGGCUGUUUGCUAUCGGCCACUACGAUAAUGUUCUCGAAUAUUUGGAUCAAAGAACGUACACCAUCAAUGGAUUCGGACCAGACAUAAUAGACGGAGUUUGUGCGAUAGCAAACAAACAUUGUGAACUGGUUUAUGAUAUCUACGAGAACUGUUGGGAUAGCCAAGCCGGUGAGCGCCCCCGGGGAGGCAAAGGACUCAUGGGUGGAUGGUACGACGGGUGUACAGGAUGGGUCCAAACCUUGAAUCGCCGCCUGACGUAUUACUUCACAAAUCCAUAUAAGAAAGGGAAUGUUGUCGCCCUCUACGCCAAAAAUGACAGCACAGUGACGUAUAAUGAUUUGACCAAUCGGAAAGUUGGAUUUUUAGAUGGCUGGAAUGCGGAUGAGUUUUGCCUCGCUCGCUAUACAAACAUCGCGGGUUCUACGCUUGGCCCAAACCAGAUAUUUCAUUACCAAUCAGCCGAACGAUUGAUCGACGCCAUCCUGGACGGAGAUAUUGACGUUGCGUUCGUCUCAGCCCUUGCUCAGUUCGAAACCACGUUAAAACGCGUAUCACCUACUGGUUUUAUCAACAACUGUUUAGUCGGUGAUGCCUCGAUCAUGACUCGUCAUACAAACCGCAAACUGGUGGAUUGGUGGAAUGACGCAUUCAAGCGGCUGGUCGAUAGAGGGGGCUACAAGGAAAUAUGUGAAUCUCUUCACGAGAAUCACGGUCAUAUCCCCGGUCAAAACUACACAGAGAUCUGUUUGGGGUACUAACACGCUGCACGGUGAUUGGUCUACUCCGUCUCACGUGAUCCGGGCUCUUUCGGAAAUAAUCAUCGAUAUUCAUGUAUUCAAGCAACUUUGAGGAUGAUCGACACAUAUUGAUGAAUCAUCAUUUGGUACAGAACGAGACAGAGAGGAGGAGAAAGAGAGCGAGUGAAAGCUAGAGUGUUGGGGGAAAGAACGUUAUCACCAUAUUACAUUUCUAUACAGCACUACUACUUCUAAUAAUAAUUAUACUACUAAUAAAGGUGAUAAUGAUAAUGAUGGUAAUAAAAACUGCAUGUAUGUAUAUACGAGUUUCUUUUCUCAAAUAUGUGAUGCAUGAUAAGACGACCGGUAUGCCUGUUUUAUCAGUAAGUCUAAGUCUCGAUUCCAUGUAUGUAUUCUAAUUAAAUUUAGUUUCCACUGGUUUAUCAUUGUAUAAAAGUACAUUCAGUUUAAAUACGAUAUACUGAUAUAUGACACUGAUUCCUACCCAUCCAGAUCGCCAACCCACUAUACCCCCCCCCACACAUACACACACACCCUCUCACACACACACACACACUCACGCAUCGCUUACCCCACUGAGAUUACCUAGACCAACCCACAAACCCUAACAGCUAGAACCGUCUACAGUCAUUUAUGUCGUGAAUGUGGUAUAUAACACUGGUUUCCACCCACCCCCACACAUAAACACCGAACACCCAACCGUACACACACUACAUCCAUUCACAAAUAUGAUAAAUGACACUGGUCCCAUACACAAAAACCAUACGGGAUGUUACGCAUACCCACAUCUACACUGCUGGACACACACAUUGACGCCCAGACCCAGAGCGGGGGAGGGGGGGGGGGGGCUUCCAUCGACAAGUGGAUACCAGGCGCGACCAAAGAAUCGCGUAUUAAGGAUCUCUUUUUCAAGAUUGGGCACGUUACGUACGUAACGAAAUAAGGGUGUCAAAACACUAAAAUACUGAAAAAGGGUAUAUAUUUUGCUAGGAAAGCUACGUGUUUACGGUCGAAGUUGCGAUGGUAUCAAAACACUUAAAUGUUUUAUAAAGGAUGUACUUUUUGCCCCAACAUUACGAGUUUAGGGUCUGAUUUGAACGAGGUGUGGGAGGUGGGGCGGUACUAAACCCAAUGUAAUUACAGGUAAAGCCGACGUCCGUGAUCAUGUCCUUGGCACAAAAAAAUAAUGUACUUGUUUAGGAGUCAAUUCAGGGAAUACUUGCCAAGGGUACCGUUCUGUUUCCAAUAUGUGUUAAGGGUAGCGUUUCACACGCCAUCACUCGUUUAGGGGUGUAUUUUCAGAAUAUGGAAACACCCUGGUCGCGCCUGGUAUCCACUAGUCAAUGGAAGUGCCCCCCCCCCCCCCCCUCCUGGCACCCAAAACAUAGCGUGUUCAUUGUGAUAUGAGACUAGCCUUCUAAGAGAUCCCGAUGCACACGUGCACAUGCAUACAGGAAUAUUGUCCCGGGGGGGCCACUUACAUUGACGAGUGGAUACCAUGCGCGACCAAAAAAACACGUAAAAAGGAUGUCUUUUUCACGAUAAGGCACGUUACGUACGUAACGUGAUAAGGGUGUCAAAAACACAAAAAUAAUGAAAAAAGGGUAUCUAUUUUGCUAGGAAAGUUACGUGUUUAGGGUCAAAUUUGCGUGGAUGAUAAAACAAAAUUAAAAUGUUUUAUAAAGGAUGUCCUUUUUGCCCCAACACUACGUGUUUAGAGUCCGAUUUGCGCGAGGUGUAGAAGGUGGGGUCGUACUUAACCAAAUGAUGUGUAUAAAGGUAAAACCGACGACCGAAGGGCCCGUGACAUAACAAUAAAAUAUACUUGUUUAGGGGUUCAUUUCAGGGAAUACUUGCCAAGAGUAUCGUUUUGUUUCCAAUACUUGUUAAGGGUAGGAUUUCACACGCCAAUACUUGUUAAGGGGUGCAUUUUCAGAAUAUGGAAAUUACGUGUUUAGGGUGCUUUUCGAGACCCCAUGGUCGCGCAUGGUAUCCACUCGUCAAUGGAAGUGGCCCCCCCGGGAAUAUUGUUCAUUCUCGAUUAUCAUUCGCCCUUUUUUCCUCGGCUUCAACUACAAGUAUUAGUCGUGGUAGGAACUCAUUUCAUAAUUAUUAGGGUAAUAGUAAUAACAACAACAAUUACAUCAUAUUUACCCAGGUUUUCCCUUUCAGUUCAGAUUUUUUUUCUCCUAGCGGGUCUUGCUGGACAUGAUAAUGUUAUAGACCAGUUCGUAGUUACUUCAUGGACAAUAAGCCUGUUCACGGUUGUAAACUGCGCACGAGCAGAAAAAGGUCAUUGGAGACAACCAUGAAGGUGGCUUUCAAAUUCACUGACAUAGGCAUUUGUGAUUUGAUGAUUAUUCAUGUAUUCCUUUCAAAAUAUUUAUCACAUCCAAGCUGAAGAGUAAUAAAUAGAGCCUUCAUAAUCACUGGUAUUUGACAGUAGCCUAAACAAUAGUCAAAUGUGCCAAAGGCAGACAAUAAAACAGAUUUCCAAACUUUAUCCCUGAUGUACUAUUCUAGUCACCUGGUCUAUACAAUGCCUUUUGUUCUUAGAAUUUGAAUACUCUACCGGUAAAGCUUACGCAACAUCUACAUUUGAAAAUGAUAGUGCUUAUCCUAAUGAAAAAUCACAUAGGUCAUUUGAGAAAAGUUGAUCAUGAGCUAACCGUGAACUGGCUUAUUUUGGUCAAUGACCUUUCAUUUCUUUCAUUGUGAUAAGCAGAUUUCAAAGCAAGAUAUUACAUAAGCAUGCCUUACAUAGCAGGUUGAAGAAAUUGAAUAGACCAGGUGACUAGAAUAGCACACCAAUGGACACUCUAUGAAGGUAUUUGUUGCAUUUCUACUUAGAAUGCAUAUUAUAGCAUUUUGUACAAUGUACCUGGCAAACUGAAGUCGUUGUGGACACAUUGUUGGUUUUUUGUGGAUGUAAAUGAAAACAUAAUUCAAAAGAAUAUAUGAAUAAUCCAGACAUCGAAGUUGGUGCUUAUCUCAUAAAAUUUUAAACCACCGUGUCACUUUAGUACCAAUGACCUUCGUCUGAUCAUGCGCAGAGUGGAACUACGAACUGGCUCAGCCCGGCUUUAGCACGGCUUUCUUGAUCGGAUGCUCGAACAUUCGAGGAAUUUUCUUUUUACCGAGUACCCAUUCACCUCACCUUGGUCGAAUGCCACACAAUGUGGGUAAAUUUCUUGCUGAAGCAACACACGCUAUGGCUUGGAAUCGAACCCACGUCCCUCAGACAAAAAAAUGAGACUCAUACCCACUGGACCGCGACGCCACCACGCGUUGGAUCGGAUGAAAUAGCAAUCUGUCAUUCUCAUAUAUUCAAUGAAAAGUGUGUAUAUCCUGUUUAUUGCCGAAGUAUACUUUACUUUCAUUUAAGUCGUGAUUACCAUAGUAGGAUAAAUGUAUUUCUGAAAUAUAUUGCAUUCUUUCUUUCAUAA